AUGGGUGUGCUCUCGGUGUCUGCUGCGCUCUGGCCGAGUCCCUCUAGCCCGGUGGCCCCCGGCACAGCGCCGACGCCUGAACACAAGUAUGGCGUUCCUUCGCAUCACCGUUGCACACCCCCAAUCAAGCUGAUCGAGUGUUUCCUUCUCAUAGCUUCGGACUCAGGUCUCUCCCCGGCACUCUUUACACGUGCUCGCGUUCUGGCAACAGAGCAUUCCACCCUCUCGACGCGCCUAGCUGAAGUCUUUGAUACCAAAACCGCGAGACGAGCCGGCGAGCUAGCACCGGUUGCGAAAUCUAUACAGGAAUGGGAUGAUGCCAACGAGUCCAUAUCAGAGCUGCAGACCCUGCUCAAUGACCCAGAGACCGACGUGGAGCUAAGGACUCUAGCACUUGAGGACUUGGAAACCAGUAAGAGGGCCUUGUCAGUCAUAUCCGAUAACUUGAAGCAGGCUCUUGUUCCGCGGCAUCCUUUCGCCACUCUUCCAUGUCUUCUCGAGAUUCGUCCUGGCGCCGGCGGAGAUGAGGCCGGCCUCUUCGCUUUCGAAGUCUUCAGAAUGUACCUUGCCUUUUGCUCGCAUCGUGGUUUUCGAUCAAGCGUCAUGAAAUUAGAAGUGGGAGAGGGCUCGGCGGAGGAUCAGCUGAGUGAAGCAGUCAUCGAAAUCGAAACGGAUGGAGCCUACGACGUUCUGAGAACCGAAUCGGGAGUUCAUAGGGUACAGAGAGUGCCUGCCACCGAAACCAAGGGGCGGACACACACCAGUGCCGUGAGCGUGAUGGUUCUUCCUAGCUUCCCAGAGACAGGAGGCGGCUUGGACGGCGCCCUCAACGUUGAGGACCCAAACAGUGAUUACUAUGUCGAUCCCCAGGAAGUGCGCGCUGAGAAAAUGCGGGCUGGCGGUGCUGGCGGACAGCAUGUGAACAAGACGGAAUCAGCCAUUCGUUUGACUCAUAUACCGACAGGAAUUUCUAUCUCAAUGCAGGAAUCUCGAUCGCAGCAUGCUAACCGUAAGAAAGCAUGGCAAAUCUUGCGAGCGAGGUUGGCAGAAGCUAGGCAGACGGCAAGGGAGCAGGAGAUGAUGGAGAUGAGAAGAGGAAUAUUAGGGGGCGUAGCCCGAAUGGGCCGUGGUGAUAAAAUCCGCACAUACAACUAUGGACAGAAUCGCUGUACGGAUCACCGCAGUGGCAUCACCGUCCAUAACUUGGAUGGCAUCCUGGACGGUGGUGAAGGGCUUGAUACUGUCAUGGAUAGUGUACGGGCCUGGCUUACUGACCAAGAGAUAACAGCCUUGGCCGCUGAAGAAUUAGCAAAGAGCGCCCCUAAGAAGAAAUAG